AUGGUCAAUGAAGAUAGUAAUGAAAUACUGAUUACACAUAACAAUAAUAAUAAUAAUCUUGAACAAUCUCCAUCGCUCAAAUGGAAAAUAUUUCAUGGAAUAUAUUCAAUGUUAGGCGGAAUUUGUCUUAUUUGUGGAUCAUGCAUGUAUUUUGCAGACGUUAUUAGAUAUUCUUCAAUGGCAUUAACUGCUGGUGGAUGGUUUUUAACUGCAGGUUCAUUUUUUUUGUUACUUGCUGAUUUUCAACAAUGGUGGUAUGAUCGAAUUAAUUGUUGUUUGGAUAAAAAAUCUCAAAAUUUAUUACAACAUUCAAACUCAAUAAAAUUAAAUCGAUUGAAAAAUAGAAAAAAUGCAAUAAAUUCUUUUUUAGCUGCAUGUGGUUCAGCAUGCUAUGUUAUUGGAUCAAUUUUAUUAAUACCCGAUUUUGAAAAAUAUGCAAAUGUAGGUAAUAAAUUAAUUAUGAUUGGUUCUAUUAUAAUUUUUGUAUCUGCAAUUUGGAAAAUCUAUAGAAAUGGUUCUAUUAAUAUCAAAGAUCCAUCUGAUCGUCAUUUUCAUUUGAUAAAUAUUAUUAAUGAUAUACCUACUUUAUGUACUGAUAUUUGUAUUGGACUUGGUGGUGCAUUUUACUUUUUCGGUGUUUUUUUUUCACCACCAAAUUAUGAUACAAAUGAUUUUGAUAUUAAUAUAUCAGCUGCUCUUUGUGUAACUGGUGGUGGUUUCUUUUUUCUUGCUAGUCUUUUUCUUCAAUUUCAAUAUUAUUGUAAACAUCAUCAAUAG